AGAAGUCUGCAGAGGAUGUGACAACGGAGGACAAGGUAACGCAGGGGGAUAGCAACAGGACAUGAGCGGGACUGCGCUACACACGACGGACAGGUACUCAUUGCAUGUGGUAGGGAGACUGGACGGACCAUUGGUGUUAGUGAUCGCAGAGCUCCAGCUCCAUACCAGGUUGUGUAUAGUUGAGGAGGCAGAGUAUGUUCGUCGGGCACUACGUGAGGCUAGGGGAAUAAGACUUUGGAUUGGAGUCGAAGGAGGACGAAGGAUAAAAUACGUACUUCGAGUAACACCUCUCGAAGGGCGGUCUCAGAUAAGGGCGUGGUACGAGACGACCAAAGAGGCUGAGAGACUGAAGAUAAGCGAAGCUAGGGGAGCUGGGGAGCUAGGGAGAGUUAUAGUAGACGGAGCGAUACUGAGGGUGCUAGCUGCCCACGACCGAUACUGGAGGGAAUCGAUAAAGACUUUAGAGGCUAUAGAGCAUAGUGGAGAUGAGGACGAUUUUGAGAUGUUCUAUGACAUAUUGGAGUUGUCGGCGAUGAGAUUACGAGAAGCUGUAGCACUGACUUCCCUUAGAUACUAUACAGAUGACCUUAUAGCUGUCUGGGGGUUAGAGGAGGAGAUGGUUAGAUGGCAGAGCCACGACUUACUGGGACAAACCGGAGGGCCCUAUUCACUUCGCUGGGACCGUAGGAACACCGAUUCCUGGAGGAGUGUCGAGGAUAGAAAUCCUCGAACGCUGACUGAUUAUCGUGCGAGGGAACGGGAGAGAGACGAUGAGUCAUGGCGACGCAGAGAUGAUGAUAUAGACCGGGACCGCACGGCACGCGAGACGUAUGAGCGAGCUAGGAGACUGGAUGAUUACUCGCGUAGCCCUCACUAUGAGGUUGAUGGGGGUAGAGGCGACUCUCGAGGCCGGUGGGAGUCAGAUCAGGGCCGGCGAGACGGAUACAGGGACGGCAGAUAUGAGAGAUUGGACCGAGAUGGAUAUAGGGACGACAAAUAUGAAAGGUCGGAUCGAGAUGGAUACAGGGGUGACAGGUAUGAGAGAGGAGAUCGAGACGGAGACCGACGGGAUGACUCGCGCGGAUGGUAUGACCGCGGGGGAUUCGCGAGGGCGCAGCGUGACGAUUCGCGGGGGUGGUACGGCCGAGGAGAUCGACGCGAUGAGUCGCGCGGGCGAUACGACCAUGGGGAUCGCCGGAAUGACUCGCGGGGACGAUAUGAGCAAGGAGGAUCCGGAGGAGACUGCCGCAAUGAUUCGCGCGGCCGGAAUGAGAGAGGGGGAUAUGGCGCGUUAUCCGAUCCGCAUACAAAGUCCCCUGACCCUAGAGCAGCGAGAGGUUCAACCUCCAGGGGCACAGACGACAGGCCUCCCACUCCCAGGAACUCUUGCGUGUACUGUAGAGGGGAUGAUCAUAUCAAGAGAGACUGCCCGGAUCUCAAACGGGCAAUAGAUGAGGGACUUGUCGUGCUUGAUGACCGCAAGUACGUCAAGUGGGCAGAUGAUCUAGGAGACGUAUCGAUGUUCCCUUCGAUGAAGGAGAAUGUAGAAGCAAGGAGAGUAGACCCGAGUAAAGGGAAGGAACCGGUUAGGAGCCAGAGCAUCAAGAUAACUUUCGAAGGAGAUAUGGCAACCACACCCAUAAGGGUGGCAGCUACCAAGUCGGCAAGGGGGUCUACAUCGAAGAAGACCGACACGGAUUACGUGAUGGCGCAUCAAGAAGAACUGUCGCCAUGCGAUCUGCUCUAGCUGUCACCUCCGAUACUGCUACAGUAGGAGCAUUCGCCUUUGGGGCCACCUGAGCCUCCUCUGAUAGAGGUAUGCGAGUCUUCCGCGU